ACCCCCCGACCCCCUCUGCCCCUAUACUCCGCUUCUCCCCUUGCGCUGAUUGUCACACAUUGUUUACUACGGCUUGAAAUGUGACUCACAACAGAGGCUGUCUGCUGGAGUACCGCUUUGACAAAGCGAAGGAUUUCUUUUCUUGACGCGCUCCGUGCGUCUUGAUUAUUUUUUUGGAGGGGACACAGGUUUGUGGAGACUAACCCUUCUGCCAUGUCAGUGGAUUUGCUUGCGCUUUUAUCCGUCCUGGUCAUCACGUCCUCUGCGAUGGAAGAAACUUUGAUGGACACUCGGGUGGCCACAGCAGAACUGGGCUGGACGGCGUAUCCUAACUCUGGGUGGGAGGAAGUGAGUGGCUACGAUGAAAACCUUAACACCAUAAGGACCUACCAAGUGUGCAAUGUCUUCGAGCCCAGCCAGAACAACUGGCUCCUCACGACCUUCAUUGAUCGCCGUGGUGCGCAGCGGAUCUAUGUGGAGAUACGAUUCACAGUGCGCGACUGCAGCUCCAUUCCAAAUGUCCCCGGCUCCUGCAAGGAGACGUUUAAUCUGUACUACUAUGAAACUGAUUCUGUCAUUGCCACCAAAGGAACAGCCUUCUGGAUGGAGGCCCCCUACCUCAAGGUGGACACCAUUGCUGCAGAUGAAAGCUUUUCUCAGGUGGACUUUGGUGGGCGCCUAAUGAAAGUCAACACAGAGGUGCGCAGCUUUGGGCCACUGUCGAAAAACGGCUUCUACCUGGCCUUUCAGGACUACGGUGCCUGUAUGUCUCUGCUGUCAGUCAGGGUGUUUUUUAAGAAGUGCCCGAGUGUGGUCCAAAACUUUGCGAUCUUUCCAGAGACCAUGACAGGGGCAGAAAGCACCUCCUUGGUCAUUGCCAGAGGAAUCUGCAUCCCAAACUCAGAGGAAGUAGAUGUCCCGAUAAAACUCUACUGUAACGGAGAUGGAGAGUGGAUGGUACCUAUUGGUAGCUGCACAUGCAAGGCUGGGUUUGAACCUGACAAUGGCAAUGUUUGCCGUGCUUGCCCACCAGGUACUUUCAAAUCAACCCAGGGUCCAGGCCUUUGUCUGCAGUGCCCUCCCAACAGCCGAUCCACAGCUGAAGCUGCCACCAUCUGUGUUUGCCGCAAUGGCUACUACCGUGGUGACGCUGAUCAACCGGAUGAACCCUGCACCAGCGUUCCAUCCAGCCCAAGGAAUGUGAUCUCCAUCGUGAAUGAGACCUCAGUGAUCCUGGAGUGGCAUUCUCCCAGGGAAACAGGCGGCCGGGAUGAUGUCGUCUACAAUAUUGUGUGCAAGAAGUGCAGAGCGGACCGACGCUCCUGUUCACACUGCGACGACAACGUGGACUUUGUUGCUCGACAGCUGGGUCUGACAGAGACCAGGGUCUUCAUCAGUAACCUGUUGGCUCACACCCUCUAUAGCUUUGAGAUACAAGCCGUCAACGGUGUCAGCAACAAGAGCCCAUACCCAGCACAACAUGUCACCAUAGACAUCACCACCAACCAGGCUGCCCCAUCAAUUGUUCCCAUCAUGCAUCAGAUCAGCUCCACCAUGAACAGCUUCACACUAUCAUGGCCUCAACCAGAGCAACCCAACGGCAUCAUCCUUGACUAUGAGCUGCGCUACUAUGAGAAGGAUCAUGCAGAGAUAAACUCUACUGUGCUGCGCAGCCAGACCAACACUGCACGUGUGGAGGGCCUCAGGCCGGGUACAGUUUACGUGGUACAGGUGCGGGCACGGACUGUGGCUGGCUUUGGCAAAUACAGCAGCAAGAUGUGCUUCCAAACCCUCACAGAUGAUGACUUCAAGUCUGAGCUGAGGGAACAGCUUCCUCUGAUUGCGGGGUCAGCAGCUGCUGGAGUGGUCUUUAUUGUUUCGCUUAUUGCUAUCUCCAUCGUGUGCAGCAGGAAAAGAGCAUACAGCAAGGAGGCAGUGUACAGUGACAAGCUGCAACAUUACAGCACAGGAAGAGAACUCUCUUUGCGAGCCGACAUGUCUAACUGCCCCUCCCCACUGGGCUGCCCGACCCACUUCUCAGGCUCACCGGGAAUGAAGAUCUACAUUGACCCCUUCACUUAUGAGGACCCUAACGAGGCAGUGCGAGAAUUUGCCAAAGAGAUUGAUGUCUCUACUGUCAAGAUUGAGGAGGUCAUCGGUGCAGGCGAAUUUGGAGAAGUGUACAAGGGUCGUUUGAAGCUGCCUGGUAAGAGGGAGAUCUAUGUGGCCAUCAAGACACUGAAGGCUGGCUACGUUGAAAAGCAAAGGCGAGACUUCCUGUCUGAAGCCUCCAUCAUGGGCCAGUUUGACCAUCCAAACAUUAUCCGCCUGGAAGGUGUCGUCACAAAAAGCCGUCCAGUAAUGAUUGUCACAGAAUUUAUGGAGAAUGGUGCCCUUGACUCAUUCCUAAGGCAAAAUGACGGUCAGUUUACGGUGAUCCAGUUGGUGGGAAUGCUUCGUGGGAUAUCAGCAGGGAUGAAAUACCUCUCAGAAAUGAACUACGUCCAUCGUGACUUGGCUGCACGAAACAUCCUCGUCAACAGCAACUUGGUGUGCAAAGUUUCUGACUUUGGCCUGUCACGCUAUCUGCAGGAAGACACGUCGGAUCCCAGCUACACCAGCUCUCUGGGUGGAAAGAUCCCAGUAAGGUGGACAGCUCCAGAGGCCAUUGCUUACAGAAAGUUCACCUCAGCCAGUGAUGUGUGGAGUUAUGGUAUCGUCAUGUGGGAGGUGAUGUCAUACGGAGAGAGGCCUUACUGGGACAUGUCCAACCAGGAUGUAAUCAAUGCUAUUGAGCAGGAUUAUCGUUUGCCACCACCCAUGGACUGCCCCAGCGCCUUGCACCAACUGAUGCUGGACUGCUGGCAGAAAGAUCGCAACGUACGACCUCGCUUUGCAGAUAUUGUCAGCACCCUCGACAAAAUGAUACGCAACCCCACCAGCCUAAAAGCUGUAGCCAACAUCCCUGCUGUGCCUUCUCAGCCAUUGUUGGACAGAUCCAUACCCGACUUCAACACCUUCAGUUCGGUAGAGGACUGGCUUGCUGCCAUCAAGAUGAGCCAGUACAGAGACAACUUCCUCAACUCAGGCUUUACGUCCCUGCAGCUUGUGGCUCAGAUAACCUCAGAGGACUUACUUAGAAUAGGAGUGACCUUGGCAGGCCAUCAGAAGAAAAUCCUCAGUAAUGUCCAGUCUAUGAGGGUGCAGAUGAGCCAGUCACCUACAACGAUGGCAUGACUACAGGGGGCGCUGUGCCAUGGAACGGGCAGCAUUCGGAGGUCCAACAACAGCAGCCCCCGAAUGACCCCCGAUCCAUCGGAACGCGCCAGAGUCGAGACUAUCGUCCUAAUCUAAACCCCUACCAUGGCAACAGGAGACCAGGGUUUGUGCAACCAUGUGGAAAAGGGUUGUCACAUCUCACACUAUCCACCACAUGCUUUCAGGGUCCAUACCUGGCACUUUUUUCUCCAUUUAUCAUAAAGAAAGACAAAGACCAAUCUUGUUGUUUCCAACUAUAUUGGUGUCAUUGUAAACCAAAAUGACUACUACAAUCAGACAUCAGCACAGGGAACAACUUACAAAUUCAGCCGUUGUGGUAAACAAUUGAUAUUGUGCUUCUAUAUUAUCUGGACUAAAACACAUUUAAAAUGUAGACACAAGUGUGAGACAUUUAGAAACCUGUGACCUGUGAUUUUUACCCAUACCGUUGUCCAUAUGUGAGAUGAAGACGGCUUUACCUGGCGGGAAAUAGGAUACAGACAAAGACGGAACUAAAAGGAGAAUUAACUCGUCGAAGAGGUAUACAGGGAUGUACAAUGGAGUACUUCAACUUUUGCUUUUUUUUUUUUUUGCUUGUUUAAAAAAUUUUAAUACUGUAUUAUAAAUGGACAAAUUCAGAGCUUUGUUAUAUUUUUGUCUUUUACCAUCUGUUUUAUGUGUUGCCACUAUAGCAAGAUGCCGCCCACUUGUCUCUUAACUUAAACACUACCUGUGGAAGUCCAGUUGGAAGGCCUUGCCUAAAGGACUUUUUAACUAUCUCCACCAAGAGAAUAUAAAUAUGUUUAUCUCUUGCUAAAUAUGAUUAUAUCUUUCAUAAUAAACCUUCAUAUUGAAGGUGUUACAUAUGAAUAUGUAUGUACAGAACUCUCUGCUUGCAUUUUUGGCAAAGACAUGUUGAUUAGAUUGUGAUAGACACAUGCAAUGUGCAGUUUCCUGUAAAUCCCUGGUUUCCUUAUCACAGCUGAACAACGGACUAUUGGUUCAACAUCCACGUGUUUCAGGAGCACCCUGAUAACUUUUCUGACUGAAUCUUAACUGAGGAACUUGUAAAUUGAUUAUUGGUAAAGAACUGUUAUUGUAGAGCUGUAUGAAAAUUGUUGUAGGAGUUAAAAUAUUGGGGAAAAAAUAUUUUACUGGAGAUCAUGUUAAAUGUGGGUGUACACAUGCUGUCUCUUGCUGGUGAGCACUUACAUGUACAGAUAUGUUUUAUGUUCCAUUUGCGUUUUUAUAUAUUAUGCUUGUGUUGGGAUUGGUCAACAGGAUGAAAUGCAAAAUUAAUUGUUGUGGCUUGGCUGACCCAAACUCAUGGUAAACAGCUGCUAAGAAAACAAGACAUAAAUAUGCAUUUGCAUUAAAUUAUUCUGUCCAGAUAGUUUUAUUUUGAGGUAAAUUCUAACAUGUGCUGUAAAUAUCUUAGCAAGGCGAGACUUUCUAUGAAUUUGAAAUGCAUGAGAGAGCAGCUAAUCAAGGCAUUGGAAAUCAGGGUAAAUCACCAUCACUUCCUUUCACAGUAAAAAUGAACAUCUGGGCUGGGGUUUGCCAACAGGAACCCAGUGCCAUUUCAAUGAACACACAGUCUUAAAUAGCCCUCAAGAGCUCGGUGCUCACUAUAAAACAUGACCUCAUACACGGUGAUGUAUUUAAGUUGCUGAGCCAAUCUAUUCACCCUCACUGUAGGGGUUCACCAUAUGGACAGGAGAGAUGAAAGCAAAUGCUGUGGUGUUAAAGAGAGUUUCACACAAUCAUAAAGAUUUGGCUACAUCACUCCCUGAGGAUGGAAUAAAAAAUGCCUGUGAAAUUCCUCCUCAUCUUUAAUAUAGUUUAGGGGAAAUUGUAAUGUCCUUUUUUAGUCUAGCGGCAGUACCCAACAAAAAAAAACCUCAAUAAACUUUAAUAUUGCAGGACAGAAAUUUGCCCUUAACUUGCUACCAUUACCAUUCAUAUUAUUGCCAAAAUAAUUACCUAUUAGUCAUUAUUAAGCAAAUAAUGUAGCUUAAUGUAAAUCAACAUUAUUUAAGUGUGUCUCAAUUGGCAUUGCAAAGUAAAUAGGUAAGGCAACUUCAUCAAUUCAUUUCAAACUACUAAUGAAUUAUUUUUAAGUAGAGCCUUCAGAAUGGGAACAUAUUCUGUCUCAUAAAGAGCCUGUUAUAGUAUGACCACUACUAACACCUAUAGUUUGCUGAAUAUUCAUAUUAUAAUUAAAUCUAUUUGUUUUAUUUUACUACUUUAUAAAUUCUAAGCACACAAUAUACUGUGUACAGUCUGUACACAGUAUUGUGUACUGGUUGUUUUCAGUCAUCAAUUUGUUCUUUCAUGGCUCUGGUCAUUUACAAAUGCAUAAUAAGUAUUUGAAGGGGGAAGAGUAUUAUGUAAAGUAAAUUAUUUUUUAGCUUCAUAUUCCAUUAUAAUGUUAUUCUCUUAUCUAAAAAUACCCGGAGUUUUACUUUGAUUCUUUCAUGCGUGUUUGAGGAAUUCUUCAACCUCCUUUGGCAGCCAUUUGUAAUGCGCCCAUGACAAGCUCCUCUAUCCAGCUGUAGUCCUCAGCUGAGCCAAUGUCUCUCAAAUCACCCCUCCACUGCCACUUCCUCACACAGCUCCUCCAGACUAGUGGCAGCAGCAAUUAGCAAACACCUGUUGGAACAAAUUACCAUAAAGAUUACCUCUCAGUUCAGUGCUUCUAACAAAGUUUGUAAAUAACAUAACAGAGUAGUGUUGUUAGGGUCAUGUGUUGAAGGCAGAGUGUUGGAAAGCAGGAGCUUCUUAAAGAGACAGAAGUCAGUUUCAAGGUAUCACAUUAUGAAGUCAAUAUAAAGUGAUGUUUGAUAUAUAUAUAUAUACUGUAUAUAUAUAUAAGAACUCAAUUUUUGUAAGAACUGAAGGUGACAUAGUGUCUUGAUUGUUCUAUAAAAUGACCCAAGGUGCCUGGAGACUAUAUAAUACUCCCGCAUUAAUAAUGACUAAUGUGUAAUUUGCAACAAAUAUGUAUUGUAGGCUAUUGAUAAUUUGUGUACACUAAUAAUAAGUGUUACCAGCUUUUGUCUUGUCCCUGGCACUGGGUUAUUUGGGGCGUGUAAUAACAAAAGACCAUUUAUUUUAUUUAGCAAAUUAACUAAAAUCAAUCCUUCCACAAUUAUAGUCAGUAUUCUCCUCUUUCUGUUCUGCACUCACUUCCAGGCAGCUCUAGUUUUCUGGUGAGACUCCAGCUCGUUUAUCCUUGGCUUAACCAAGCUGUCCACGGCACUGUCUGGGAUGGGCUUGGCCAGUGCUGGCCAAAGAAAUAGUUGGCUCCCUUCUGUACUGGGUCCAGACAGGGUGCAAACACCUGCUAGGACCCCUGUCUGACAGGCAUAUGAUCAGCAAUGGCGGUAGGGAAACUGAUUGGGCCAUUUAAAUGUCCAUAAACACACAGAAACAGAAAGCCCUUUUAAUGUGAUUCUAAACUAUGCUCCUAAAUCUUAUGUUUGCUUGGGUAAAACAUGACAAAGUGUGUGCAAAGGUGGUAGAAAGAGGAUAAGAGGUUACUUAGAGGAAAGAUGGUUUGCAGGGAAGAGGAUGAAUAGAUGAAAGUCAGAAUCAUCCUCUUCUAGCUGGAAGUGUGGUUUAUGCUGCAAUAUCCCUUUCAUUAUAUAAAUGCAAAUUUCUUUUGUUAGGUUUGGGAACGGAAAAUAUUGUAAUUAAGCAACUGGUUUUCCCUUUGGACAAAAUCAAUUGCAUCUUGUUUAACUCCCUAAGUCAUUGAUUUACUAACUAAAUAUAAUAAUAUGUUCCUUAAUGCAGGCUUAGAUACCUUUCACUAAAACCCAUUUUAUCAAUUUGAAUGUAUUAGGUUUCUAUUCAGCUCAGUCAUGUGUGUUUGCUUUUCAACCCGUGAGCUUGUGAAUGAGAUGGUGAAUGUAUUCAUUAUCUAACUGUGCAAUUUUUUUAGCCUCAUUUGCUCUGUUUGUUUUAUGAAAUAUCUUACUCUAUAGUGACACUCCAGGGUGAUGAAUAGAGGGAUGGUUUGGAGUCCCUCUAUGAAAGAAGGUUUCUACAGAAGCCAUUUAUCACAUACUGAUACAAAACACAAGAGGAGAGCUUGUUAAGCAUUUCAUGGUGCCGUAACUGUUUGAAGAGUGGCCAACGACCCGUUUAGUUACUGGAAUCAUGCCUUGCUUUUAUAGAUCUGCUAUAUUCACCUGAAAAUGCCCUGACAUGACUCCCAGCAAAGAAUAUUCUCAUUAAACUGCAUAACUUUUUUUUUCCACCUUCUGUUUCAGUCUGGCUUCUAAAAGAUUUACACACAUAUAAAACACAUUACUUUACAUUUUACAUCCAUAAAGACACACAAACACUGUGAAUAUAUAUAUAUAUAUAUAUAUAGGAAAAGUUUCUGCGGUCAGCCAGGGAAGAGGAAGAUAAGAUGAAAUGGACCUUUUCCCAAAUAAACUCUCUCUCUGGUACAGAUUUUAUGAGAGAAGGGAUUAUGAGUGCACAUGUCAUUAUUUGUUCAUCUGUGUGAGGGACAGUGGGUGUGUGUUUUGUGCAUAUCAAACACAGUUAUGUGUACAGAUGUUGUUAUGUGCACAGGUACAAUAUUGAUGAGUGAAUGGUUUUCCUCUUUCUUUUUUCAUCUGUUUCUGUAUAGCGCCACAUGUAAAUUGUGAAAAGUAUGUGUCAAAAGUUUGUAAGAUGUAACUUUCUGAGAACAAUUGUACUAAAAUGCACUUAAUAAACGCCUUGGAAAACAAGUCA